AUAGCAGUAGUGGUCGGGAGGUUAAACCGCAGUAUGUCAUUUUAAAAAGUCAGUAACGCAGUAGUUACACAUGUAACAGGCUACAAACAUAAAAAAGCGACUUGAGAGUAAUGCAAAUUAUCUGCUUAUUGUUGCAUGACAUGGUAAAAAUGUACAUUUAACAGGCAUCUGCUUGCGGUCCGCACAGCAGGAGGACUUUAAACAUACGUAAAAGAUGCUGGAGCAGCCCGUCGAAGUCACGCACUGGCGCUGCUGCGUCAGGUUUUCCAGCCUAGACCUCAGUUUAGCAUCUCGGCCCUCCUUCAGAUGCUCACCUCAUUCUGCCAGCCAUGACAUUGUAAAAGAUGCACCACGCAUAGCUGCGAACCUGCUCUUCUGUGUAUAUAUACAGCAUUAAUUGGAGAGCAUCCAGGACGCGGAGGAACUCAGAAUGAUGUCUUCUUACUACCACCCCACCAAGGAGGCAGACAUGGCAGCCAUGACGGAGCCGCUCUGCCUGGAAAGAGAUGUGUGCAGGGUGAUCGAGCUGUUGGACCGGCUCCAGCGGAGCGGUGAGCUGCCUCCUCCCAAACUGCAGGCCCUGCAGAGAGUCCUGCAGAGCAAAUUCUGUGCUGCCAUCAGAGAGGUAUAUGAGCAGCUUUAUGACACUCUGGACAUUGUUGGAGGACCAGAGGUACGAGCACAAGCAACAGCCAAGGCCACAGUGGCAGCCUUUGCUGCCAGUGAAGGCCACGCACACCCGAGGGUGGUGGAGCUUCCCAAAACAGAAGAGGGUCUGGGCUUUAACAUCAUGGGGGGCAAAGAACAGAACUCCCCUAUCUACAUCUCCCGAGUGAUCCCUGGGGGGGUGGCUGACCGCCAAGGAGGGCUGAAGAGAGGAGACCAGCUGCUGUCUGUCAACGGAGUGAGUGUUGAAGGGGAGCACCAUGAGAAGGCUGUAGAGCUGCUGAAGGCUGCCCAGGGUUCUGUCAAGCUGGUAGUUCGCUACACUCCAAAGGUCCUGGAGGAAAUGGAGGCUCGCUUUGAGAAGAUGAGGAGCGCCCGGAGACGACAGCAGAACACGAGCUACUCGUGAGACUGCUCAUCUCUGGAGUCCAGGAGCUAACUAAUCUGAUCACCUCAUUGUCCAGUCCUCCUGACUCUUCUGUUCUAGUGGGAGAGAAGACCAUAGACAAGAAGCAAAAAACCAAAGUAGCCUACCAACACCUGUUAUCUGAACUUCUCCAUGAAGCCAACGCUGCAGUUUAGGAUUUUCUCCUCUCCUUCUUUCCUUGUUUCUUAUUAGAGAAAUGCUGUGUGAGCUUGUUGUCAGACCAUGCCUGUAAUAUCACCUUCCCAGUGUGAUAUCAUUUUCAGCAUCUUACUGCAUAAGGGCAACACAUUUGGGGCUUAAGUUGAACCAAGCGUUUAAAUUCUCAGUUUUACUUUUGCAUCCUAAUUUAGAGAGACUCACUAUGUGCAGCUAGACCUCAGUACCAGAAGGGAACAUGUAAGCUGACACCUACAUGAUACCUACAGCCUUCAAUGCCAUUCCUCCAUCAGAUGUACCAGCUAGAGGGCUAACCAUUAGCAGGAAGAACUACACUGAAAUCAGUGGCUUGCAAGUAACAUCUUAAAGUUUGAGAAUUGUUUUGCAUUCAUUUAUUUGUGUAUUGUAUUAAGUUAGUUGCAUAAUUAUUCAUGAAAUAAAGCCUAACUGUAAACAUUA